GUUGGUUACUUUCAUCAAACAAAAUACGUAUUUUUCUCACUUGGGUUUAGGUCAGAGAAAUGACAAAGAAGAUGGUAGAAUCUCAGAAUUGGACUAAAACUAUAAGAGAUUGCCUCUCUAGAUUAGAGGCAUGGUCAUGUAAGGGUGACUUUGAUUCAGAAAAGGUCCAAAUGGAGUUGGUUGACAAUUUGCUAAGUUUAAGUCUUGUCCAUUGUGUUGAUCCUGCCUAUCUCAAAUUGAAGGAAAUCGAUUACGUUCUUUUGUUAUGCCCGAAGAUUUCAGUAGUUGAAUCGGAGAACGUGCAAUCUAAGAUACUUGAUUCACCUAUCUCUGCAAAAGAAAGUGAAAAGUUGAUAUACAUGCUGUCUUCAGUUAAGCGAUUCGCCAAUUCAGAACCAUUCUCAUCAGAAGAGAUUGAUGAAGUACGAACUCGUUGGGCAUCAUAUUUCUUAGAAAUGACGCAAUCCAUCAACGACACAUGAUGAACGUGUUUGUUUAAGUUUUGAGUGAUGAUGAGACUUAUAACUUUAUACAAUGUGUUACUACUUUAGACUUGUGCAAGGAUUGUUUUAUUUUAGCUUAUUAUUAUGUACUAAGUUGUUACUUGAACUUGUUUAACAUUUGUGGAAGAAUUGAAAAAUAGCUUGUGUUAUUGUUUUAGAUGGAUCAAGUGAACAAGUGAAAAAUUUUGCUA